AUGACGUUUCACAAAUAUCCACGCAUCAUCAGAUUGUCUUUUAUGUAUAUUGCAGGAUUGAUGCUCUUAUGGUGCUCUAAGUACCUCAGUCCAACUGGAAAGAUUGACGUGUUCUAUGCUGCAGCGGUGAUUCUAGCAGUGGGUAUGGCUGGUCAAAACCCACCUCUAAGAGCCUUUCUUGCUGAUCAAUUGAGUGAUGAGAUAGAAAAUCCAACAGAAGAAAAGCAGAAAGAAAUAGAUGAUCGUACAAAUAUUUUGUGGCGGGUUGCCAGGUUUUCUGGAGCCACUAUUGCUCUCGUUUCCCUUCGAAAUGCUACACGGGAAAUGGCCUUCGGAGUUUCUGCCUUGGUGAUGGGAGCAAAUCUUUUGCUAUUCUUGUUUGGCUAUGGUCUCUCCUGUUACAAACUCCACAAACCAGACGGGAGCUCCUCUGGAAUUAUUCUUCGAGUUUUAAAGGCAGCUAGACGCAAUCGGAAUCGCAACUAUCCUCAGACAGAAAAAGGGUUUUAUUGGAAAACCCUUCCACAACCAGGACUGAUCGAUAAGAGCAAUGGUCAAACAUGUUUGAAGCCUAAAGUUCUAUUUCUAAGAAGGUUAGACAAAGCUGCAGUAAUUGAUGAACGAACACUCCCAGUCAGUCCAAAAGAACAAAAAGAACAAGUACUUGGUGGGCAUCUUUGCACAGCUGAACAAGUGAGGGAAGUAAAGCGCCUUUUUACUUUGAUACCUAUUUGGACAAGCUUUCUCGGCUGUAGUUUGGUUGCAGCUACCGGAAACACUUUCUUUUAUGAACAAACAAGCAACAUGGCCGAUAAUAUCAAGGUAGAGGCCCACCGACUAUAUUUGAUUGAGGAAGAGAAUAUUGAUCCUAUGGAUUCAAAUCAGACUAUCUCUAUGAGUGUCCUCUGGUUAAUUCCACAAUUUAUUUUGUUAGGACUAAUGGAAGGACUUGCCACUGAAGGGCUUCAGGAAUUCUUCUAUAACCAUGUCGCUAUAUCAAUGAGGAGUUACGGUCCAUCGUUCAGUGAGUGUGUAUUAGGCUUUGGAAAUUUCAUCAGCAUGCCUUUUGUUUUACUGUGUAGAAGCUGGUUCAAGGAUUCCAUAAACACAAGUCAUCUCGACAAGUAUUAUCUGACUUUAGCAAUACUGAGUUUCGUGUGCCUUGUCAUGUAUGCGUAUGCUUCAUAUUCAUUGAAGCCUUUCCACAUGGGAAAUGCAUCGGAGGAACCCCUUUUGCAAUCCCACGCAUCGACUGAAGCUGAAGAGGGACUCCCGCCUGAUGAGGAAUUAAAGGAGAUCUUGGUACAUGGCACUGAUGGCUUAGCUGAAUCCCAGCUAACUUGGAACGUCUCUUUCCCACGGAGAAGAAAUGUGGCUAACGCUGCAGCAGCCACUGCCACUGAAUCCCAACCAACUAAGAGCUUCUCUUUCCCCUCACGGAGCAUCUCUUUGCGCUUAAAGGAUAAAAAGGUUGGGGAAUCAGCCGCAAAUGUAGACUCCCCUGAACAUAUGGAGGAACCCCUUUUGCAAUCCCACGCAUCGACUGAAGCUGAAGAGGGACUCCCGCCUGAUGAUAAGCCAGAGAGCCACCGUGACUAA